ACGAUUUGUGUUUCGUGGACGUCAAGUACAACAGAGUUCAUUUACCUACCAUCCAGUAUUAUUUUGUGCCUAGUAUAUAGUAUAUUUUUCAAGGUUGAUAUUCCGGCAACCGGCGAUAUUUACUGGACUUUAGAAUUAGAGGUACAGCAAGCAACGAGGCACGAUAUAUCCACUCAACGAGGUACAGUUGAGGCACUUUAGGCGAUGUGGAAGACGAUUCAAAUUCAAAAGUGAAUUUUUAAGUGCAGAAUUCGGACUUGUAAGUAGUGAUAUAUAGGUACAAAAAUGGGGUUUAAGGGAGUAUUCAGAUUCUUCGCUCACAGACUGUUUGAAAUAUUUGUUAUAGUCGUUCUAAUUCUGGUUUUGCCAAAUCUUCCGCCCUACACAAACUUUUCUGAGCCCUUCAAGGUCUCUCCAUUUAAACCACUGGAAGGAAAAUUGGCCAUAAAUGAGAAAUUAAACGAUGUAGAGAUAUGGCACAAGGGAGACUUAGUAGGUCCUGAGGCUUUUGAAGAAUACAAUGGGGAAAUAUAUGUUUCGUUAUAUGGAGGAGAUAUUGUUAAAUUGACUGGUAACCAUAUCACUCCAGUUGUUAACACUGGUAAGCCGUGCAAAGGCCCUCACGAAGAACGCAUAUGUGGCAGACCGCUAGGCAUGCAGUUUGAUAAAAAUGGGGCGUUGUAUGUCGCUGAUGCUUAUUAUGGCAUAUUCAGGGUCAAUGUUAAAACAGGUGAGAAGACGCUGGUGAUACCUGUAGAUAAAGAAAUUGAUGGUAAAAAACCUAAAAUACCGAACAGCAUAGCGCUUGCGAGUAACGGGGAUAUAUAUUGGAGCGACUCGUCAAAUCAAUUUUUAUUAGAAGAUGGAGUUUUUGAAUUUUUGUCGGACCCUUCUGGGAGGUUAAUCCAUUACGACGCCAAGACAAACACGAAUAGAGUCCUCAUUGACAAACUACACUUUGCCAAUGGUGUGUCACUCUCCGAGAACGAAGAAUUUGUCCUGGUGGGGGAAACGUUAAGGAGUCGCAUCCAUCGUUACUACCUCAAGGGCCCAAAGAAGGGCACCAGCGACAUUUUCGUGGACGGUCUACCUGGGCUGGUAGACAAUAUUAAGGGAGACGGAAAGGGUGGUUUCAUAGUGCCCCUACUUAUUGCCGUGGACAACGAUCACCCGUUUGCGAUCCAAGUCAUCGGACCCUUCCCCCUUAUCAGGAAGCUCGUAGGAAGAGUUUUGGGGUUGACGCAACUGUUUUUCGAAGUUAUCAACAAGGUGUACCCGUGCGAGUUUGCGGAGAAAGGAAUGCACUUCGUUGGCCACUUCACCUCAUUUUCAAACAUUUUCACUCCCGCCAGAGUAACGGUGGUGCGUCUGAACAAGUCUGGACAGGUUGUGGACAGCAUCCAUAGCCUUAAUAAAAAAAUUCAUCACAUCUGCGAAGCUUUCGUAUCCAAAGAUACCCUAUACCUUGGGUCUCCCUUUAACGAUUACAUAGCCAGAAUACCUUUAUCGAAGGUUGGCUGGCAAGACUUGGCUAGUACCAAGCUUCCAGAGAAAAAAACUAUCACCUCCCCUCCAACAGCUACUACUACAAGUCCUCCUCCUACUACUACCACACCACGUCCAACUACUACUACCACACCACGUCCUACUACGACUCCACCUCCUACAACUACUACCACCACACCACCUCCUACUACUAGACCCUCAACGACACCUGCUUCUACCACUACCCGCCCUGUUACUAGUCCCCCUACAACAAAACAGGCUCCGCCCCCUAAGCAGCAGACUGUCCCUCCUAAACCUAGUCAGGAGACACUACAGCAACAAACCCCCCCUACAAAACAAACUCCACCUUCUAAACAACAAACCCCACCCCCAAAGCAACAGACUCCGCCUCCAAAGGAGCAAACUCCACCUACAAAGCAACAAACUCCACCUCCGAAACAACAAACUCCACCUCCAAAGCAACAAACUCCACCUCCAAAGCAGCAAACUCCACCUCCAAAACAACAAACCCCACCACCGCCAUCUCAGGCACCUCCCAAACAAAAUACCCCUCCUCCAGUAGCUCAACCUGUGAGGGACCAAACGAAAUCCAUCCCUGUUCAAGAACCAACUAAUAAGAAGAACGUUUAGAUCUAAUAAUUGAUAAUUAGGUAAUUUUUUAAAAUCAACAUUCCGUGGCAAUCUCAGAAGAGUUAGCAGGUUUUUUUUUUUUGUUAAACUUUAGGAUAGGAUGUGAUAGAGUUUUUAUAUUUUUUAUACGUAAAAUUGUUCCGAUACGUAAGAAACAUUCCACAUUGUGACUAAAAAAUUGUCUUUUGAUAUUGAUAUUAUUAGGGUGACUUAGCGGUAGGGUGAUAAGUUGUUUUUAUGUGUAUUUUUAUUUCAUAGCGUU